UCACGUGCUCCGGCAGCGGGUGGGGCUAAGGGCCGGAAGUCUCGCGCCGCUAACUCAGCCAUCGUUCGGGGCGCCGAGAAACGGAGCCGCUGCCACCCGGCCCGCCGGAAACAUGGCGGGUAUCAAAGCUCUCGUAGGGCUGUCCUUCAGCGGAGCCAUCGGCCUGACUUUCCUCAUGCUGGGCUGCGCCCUGGAGUACUACGGUGUUUACUGGCCUAUGUUUGUCUUAAUAUUUUACUUCAUCUGCCCCAUUCCCCACUUCAUUGCCAGAAGAGUAAGUGACGACAGCGAUGCAGCCAGCAGUGCCUGCAGGGAGCUGGCGUACUUCUUCACAACUGGAAUUGUUGUUUCUGCUUUUGGCUUCCCCAUCAUCCUGGCGCGGGUCGAAGCGAUCAAAUGGGGAGCCUGUGGUCUGGUGCUGGCUGGCAAUGCAGUCAUUUUCCUUACAAUUUUAGGCUUUUUUCUUGUGUUUGGUAGAGGAGAUGACUUUAGCUGGGAGCAGUGGUAGGACCUCGCUCUGAUGCUGGUAAUGUUUUCAGCCUAUGUCACCGUAUGUGUGCUGUAUGUGUGUCUGUGUGAAUUCAUUAUUGCAGAUGUGUGUGCAUAUGCAUUAUCACAUCCUAAUGUGCUUUUUUACAAUGUGUCAGCCAAAGGGGAAAGAUCCUUGUGACAGCCCUCUUAAUGUAUUCAGUGCAGGUUGGGAUCUCCAUUGCAAAUCUGUCCACAAAGAAGUUUGCAAAAACAUAAACUGUUUUUACUUGUUUUUCAAUAUAUGUGCAUUAACUUCUGCUCUACUUGCUGAUACAUGAGAUAUCAAUCAGCAUGUCUACUUUUUUUUCCAAAACUCAUAAAUUAAAGUAGAUCAAUAUGAAGAUUAUCCUGCUUACUGUUGCUUACCUUGGUUGUCUUUCUGCUCUGAUUAAGGAUGAAUGGGUACUUGCUUUCCACAUGAGUAAUUGUAAUUGUUUCCUUUGAUAACAAAAACAAACAUAGCAUAUGCCAACUCUUACACCUAAUGAAAGAAAGAAAACCCUGGUUAAAAAUUGAUGGUGUUCACUUAGAAUCUACAUUCUUUCUUUUCCCUAAGACACGCCAGUUUUGUCACUCUUCAACUUAAUGACUGUGGAUGUAUUUUGGGAAUAGUCUUGUGCUUUAAUGCUCAGAGUUGACAUUACUUCUCUCAUGAAGGCUCUCAGAGGAAGGAACUACUCUCAGGACACUUACAGUCGCAAUACAGCUUUGUAUUCCUGUGUGUGAAGUGCCUGAAUUGCAAGGAAGUGAGCGUUCUGCUGGGCAGGACUUAUCUCCUCUGUUCUCAUUGCUUUGGUAACUUACUUAUUCAAACUGCUACUUCUUGGCUGUAAGAUUGUUACAUUAAAACACUAUAUUUUUAUGCUGGCAUUAUCCUAGUAAACAUUCUCAUAAUCUCAUUUGUAAAAGUUAACUUUAUUACUGUU